GAAGCUUCUUUUUCGGGCACCUCUCGUUCUGGGUAAUUUUUACCUAAAUUUUCUUAGAAAUGGACCCCAAUGCAAGUGUAAAAGUGGAACAGGGUAUGGAAUGUUCUACCCCAACCAGCGCCGAUCUUGCAAACGAUCAGAAACGACGGAGCUCAUCGCGAUCGAUCAAGAGAAAACGUUUUGAUGAUGAAAUCGUGGAAUUCAGCAUGAGUACACCGAUACAGCAGUUAAAAAAUGUCGCUGGCCGGUCCCGUACGCUCUCCCAGUCAAUGGCUGGGUUUAGCACACCGACCACUCCGGGCCCGGUGGCAUCACCCGGACCGGGAGCAACUACCGUCUCCCCAACGUCAACCGUUGAGCCAAUGCAAACUACCAUACCGUCUCCUCAAACCGCGCCAGCACCAAUCGUCGCCGUUCCGCAAUCACCGGCACCAUCAACGCCGGUCAUUUUACCACCACCCGCCGCCCCGAAUCCUGCGACGAGCAUUCUUCAGCAGCUCAAUUCGAACGCGUCGGUAAACGAAAAGAAACGCGUGCUGAAAAGUGGCAAGAAGACGAAGAAAAAAAGUGCCACCCAGCAGAUUGCUACGAAGGAUCUCGGGCGCUGGAAACCGAUGGACGAUCUGGCUCUUAUUACGGGUAUCUUGCAAACGAACGAUCUACGCACGGUACACCGUGGGACAAAGUUUUCCUGCAAGUUCACCAUCCAAGAGAUGCAGGUACGCUGGUGCUCGCUGCUGUACGAAGAACCGAUCUCCCGGAUUGCAGUAUCCGCCAUGCGCAACAUGCAUCCUGAGCUGAUUGAAAGCGUCCAAAGUAAGGCGCUAUUUUCGACGGCCGAAGAAGAACUGCUUGGAACUAUCAAGUCGAGCGAAAACCCUACGCUCGAAACCUUCCAGGAGCUGCUCAAUAAACAUUCAUCCGUCUUCUAUCACGCACGCACCGCCAAGACGCUACGAAAUCACUGGCAACUGAUGGCACAGUACUCGCUACUUCCGGAUCAAUCCGUUCAAUCAUUGCCGAAGAACGAUAACAUGCUGACAUUCUCAGAUGCGGAAGAUCUCAUCAACGACAAUGAACUGACCGAGCCACGGGACGAGGCACUCGAGACGGAACUAGCGCUUGCUGAUCGUAAGAGCAAAAAGGAAAUACGCAGUCUGGAGAACGAGCUCGACCGUUGGAGCGUGCUCGUUGACUCUCUGUCCGGUAUCGGGUUUUCACCCGGUUUCGACGCUCAAACGCUCGCAGUCAUACGGGGUCGAAUGGUGCGCUUUCUGAUGCGUUCCCGAGAAAUCGUACUCGGACGCACGACCAAAGACACCACCGUUGAUGUGGACCUUUCGCACGAAGGACCGGCAUGCAAAGUCUCACGCAAACAGGGCACAAUUAAGCUGCGCAGUAAUGGCGAUUUUUUCAUCACUAACGAGGGUAAGCGGCCGCUGUACAUCGACGGAAGGCCUUUGCUGUGCGGUCACAAGACCCGCCUCAACGAUAAUUGUGUGAUUGAGAUUUCCAACCUACGAUUUGUAUUCCUUAUCAAUCACGAUUUCAUCAACGCAGUUCGGCAAGAGAGUGCUAAAAUGAAUAUCCCUUUAAAUUAAGCCUGAUUGUAAUGGGUUGCAUUUGAGCAAGAUGAAAUGAAUACUAGAUCUAAGUGAUUUCUCCAUCUAGUAGGUUACGGUCCAAUAACAUCUGUAUGUUUAAUGUAAAAUAUUAAUAAAAAAAAAAAAACAAAAAAUACACAUACCAGAGGCU